AUGGCUAUGCAGGAACGCAAACUUCCUAUGGGAAAGAUCGAGCCUAAUACGGGCAAAUAUUUCGUUAACUGUGCUCUAGGAGGCAUUAUUGGACCUACCCAUACAUCAGUAACACCACUCGAUCUGGUCAAGUGUCGCCGUCAGGUUGAUCCCAAGAUCUACACAUCGAAUAUCUCAGCAUGGCGUUCUAUCUUCGCCAAGGAAGGACUCCGCGGAGUAUUCUUUGGCUGGUCUCCCACAUUCAUCGGGUAUUCCUUCCAGGGCGCAGGUAAAUAUGGAUUCUACGAGUACUUCAAGUAUCUAUACGGCGACCAAAUGUUCCCCGGCAUGAACCGUACGGUGGUAUACCUAGGCGCCAGUGCCUCUGCCGAAUUCCUUGCAGACAUGGCCCUCUGCCCCUUCGAGGCGAUCAAGGUGCGCAUGCAGACGACCCUGCCGCCCUAUGCGCAGACGAUGCGCGAGGGUUGGAGCAAGAUCGUUGCCCAAGAAGGAUUCGGCGGUUUGUAUAAGGGGUUGUAUCCGCUCUGGGCGCGACAGAUUCCUUACACUAUGACCAAGUUCGCUACCUUUGAGGAGACGGUCAAUGCGAUCUAUAAGACUUUGGGCAAACCGAAAGAGAGCUGCAGUGGACUGCAACAAACUGGAAUCAGUUUCCUGGGCGGUUACAUUGCUGGCAUUUUCUGUGCGAUUGUCAGCCAUCCGGCUGAUGUUAUGGUUAGCAAGCUUAAUGCUGAUCGUCAGGCUGGUGAGUCAGCCAUGAAGGCCGUGUCGCGCAUUUAUGGAAAUAUCGGGUUUUCGGGCCUAUGGAACGGUCUUCCCGUCCGUAUCGUCAUGUUGGGUACACUGACUGGAUUCCAAUGGUUGAUAUCCCUGUGUCUUGUGCCUCGCCGAAGAACCUUACCGGUCCUGUGGAAAGGGAUCCCCGACUACGUUCGCAUCAAGACAUACACAGCACAUCUCACUCGCCGGUCCUUUGUCCCUGAACACCCUGUUGACUGGGAGUCUGAGACAAAGUGUUACUCCGCGCAACCCCCAUCAAUCCGCAGCGAGACCUCAAUUCACCCAUCCAAACCCCUCAUCUACGAAUCAAAUCACCUUUUAUCUCAAAUUUCGACUUUUAUCCUAGGCCCUCGACAACAACAACUCAAUCCAAACCACAAGGAAAACUGCCAUAUAACACUAAACACAAUGGAGCCAUCUACAAAUCAGUCAACAUCAAUCGAAUCCUCGAACCCCCCGAGUGUCGAACAUGCCUACAAACGCAAAUGCGUCGCCUUAAAGAAACGCUUAACUGAGAUCGAAAGAGAGAACGAUCUGAUGCGCGUCCGUAACCACCGCGGCUGGCAAUAUAUCCAAAAGAUGCGUCUUGAGUCAUGCAUCCUGCUCGAGCGCCUAGCCAAGGUCACCGGCAUGGCAGAGGAGGCCCAGGCAGGCGUCAGCCCGGAGCUACGGGCCCGCGCCGCGGCUAUGAUGUCUAAUGCGGCAGUUCUGGACCCUGGUGACAAGGAGGGUGGUAGUGGUGUGUAUUAUGCGGAUGACACGGAGGGGAGCUCGGAUGAACAGCCGCCUACUCCCCAAGAACGACCUCUCCGUGUGAAACGAUCCCGGAAAUCAAAUGUCGGCGACGGUGUAGAUGAUGAUGCCGCCCCUUCUGCUAACAACGCGCCCGAGUCUUCGUCCGCUGCUGGAUCAGCCUCGCUUCCGCGGUUAGCGCCUGCGCCGUCGCAGGAGGACAUGACUUCUUCAUUCCGCAUCCAGGCGGGCAACGACUCGGCACAAGAUAAAGAGAACAAUACCGGUUCCGGAAGUGACCGUGGUGGUAGCCAGAACCCGGAGUCCGGGUCAAGAGAACCUGGCCAAGGAGAGGUCUCUGUGGAGCCGACAACGCCUAUGGACAUGGAUACUAAGGAGUCGAAGGAGGACAGUUAGUUGGGGGGUUUUUUCUUUGCGCUCAGUGGAUGAUGGGUUGGGGGUUUUGUAUCUUUAUCUUAUAUUCUUUGUUUUUGUGACCAUUUUCUUCUUCUUUUUUUUUUUUUUUCUC